GCUGCCGGAAGCCGCCGCCGGCGACUCUCCCCGGGCGCUGCGUGACUGACACCGACGCGGCUUCUGGGGGAGGAGGGAGAAGGCGGCGGCGGGAGGAGGAGGAGGAGGAGGAAGAGGAGGAGGGUGCCGGGUGGCGGUGCACGGCGAGACCCCGAGGGGCAGCCCACCCGAACAGAAUGGCAGACAUGCAGGGACUGAUGGAAAGGCUGGAGCGAGCCGUCGUCCGCCUGGAGCUGCUCUCUCCCGAGUCCCACCAGCCGCCUGGGAACUUUGGGGAGAUGAAUGGUGUCAUCGCAGGUGUGGCCCCCUCAGUGGAAGCCUUUGAUAAGCUGAUGAACAGCAUGGUGGCCGAGUUUUUAAAGAAGAGUAGAAUCCUUGCUGGGGACGUGGGGACUCAUGCAGAAAUGGUGCACAGUGCCUUCCAGGCCCAGCGCGCGUUCCUCCUGAUGGCUUCACAGUACCAGCAACCCCAAGAGAAUGACGUGGCGGCACUUCUGAAGCCGAUAUCGGAGAAGAUUCAGGAAAUCCAGACCUUCCGAGAGAAAAACCGGGGGAGUGACAUGUUUAAUCAUCUGUCAGCCGUCAGUGAGAGCAUCCCGGCCCUGGGCUGGAUAGCUGUGUCCCCCAAACCCGGCCCUUAUGUCAAGGAGAUGAAUGACGCGGCUACCUUUUACACUAACAGGGUCUUGAAGGACUACAAAAACAGUGACUUACGCCACGUGGAUUGGGUGAAGUCCUACUUGAACAUUUGGAGCGAGCUUCAGGCAUACAUCAAGGAGCACCACACCACUGGCCUGACUUGGAGCAAAACAGGCCCAGUGGCCUCGAGCACCUCCUCCCCCGGUCUCUGCCUGGGGCCGGCCCCGCCUCCACCGCCUCCUCCGCCACCUCCUCCCGGGCCACCUCCCCUGUUGGACAACGAAGAGCCGCGCCCAGAGCCGUCCUCUCCGUCUCGCUCAGCUCUGUUUGCCCAGCUUAACCAAGGGGAAGCCAUCACGAAAGGACUCCGGCAUGUCACGGACGAGCAGAAGACACAUAAGAAUCCCAGCCUCCGGGCUCAGACGCCCUCGCCAACCAAAAGCCGCGCAGCCGCUCCCUCGGCGCGCCACUCCCAGCCGCCCCAGAAACACGCCCCUGUACUCGAGCUGGAAGGAAAGAAGUGGCGAGUCGAGUACCAAGAGGACAGGAAUGACCUGGUGAUUUCAGAGACGGAACUGAAACAGGUGGCUUACGUUUUUCAAUGCAACAAGUCGACCCUACAGAUCAAGGGGAAAGUGAAUUCCAUUACAAUCGACAACUGUAAGAAGUUUGGCCUUGUGUUUGACAACGUGGUAGGCAUUGUGGAAGUGAUCAACUCCAGGGACAUUCAGAUGCAGGUAAUGGGGAAAGUGCCCACAAUCUCCAUUAAUAAGACGGAAGGCUGCCACAUAUACCUCAGCGAGGAGGCACUGGACUGUGCGAUUGUGAGUGCCAAGUCGUCAGAAAUGAACAUCCUGAUUCCUCAGGAUGGGGAUUAUAGAGAAUUUCCCGUUCCUGAACAGUUCAAGACAGCGUGGGAUGGAUCCAAACUGGUCACUGAACCUGCAGAAAUUAUGGCCUAGCCUACAGAGAGACUGGACCCCUUGACACAAUUCCCACCUCCCCCUUCUCCCUCCCCAUCAAGAUUCUUUAAAAGAAAAAAAGCAGCAUUAAAGACCUAGAAGUUGCAGUAACACCUACAGCUUUCGUGUUGACCGCCAACAACUCUGUUGAUACGAGCUACAUCCUUUCCGGCACGCUUUCAUGGGCAUUUUUGGAGUAUUUCACAUUGCUUCAUGAUUGGCUUUUGUGUGUGUGUGUGUGAUUUGAGUUCCACGUGAUGACUUGUGAGCACUGCAUUAAUGGGAAGAGGAGUCCUGUUCCCUUUCUAUUGUUAUCACGGUAGCACUAGGUAAAAAUAUUGCAUGGUUCACUUUUACACUUAGGUUUAUUGCUAGUUAAAAACUAAAGCCUAUAAGAAUCUGCAUUACACAUUUUUACCUCUGACCAUUUUACGAUGCCGUAUGUUAGAUGCUCAGAAAAAUAGGAUUGCUUUCUUCUUUUUCCUACAUGCUUACCUUUAUCAGCAUGAGUAUACUGUCAGCAUGGAUACAUAUUUUAACCUAUUUUUAAAAUUACGCAAAAAAAUUAUACUCUCAUUGGACCGUAUUCAACUUCUUGGUCCUUGGAAGAUCUGUAUGGUUUAUAGGUACUUAAAACAGAAAGUAGAUUCUAAUGAUUUAUACCUUUUCUGCCAUAUCACUUGAAAAGCCUUUCAUUUUGUUUUUAAAGAGUAUUAUACAAGAGAGGCCGGAGUGAUAGCACAGCGGGUAGGGCGUUUGCCUUGCACUCGGCCAACCCGGGUUCGAUCCCCGGCAUCCCGUAUGGUCCCCCAAGCACUGCCAGGAGUAAUUCCUGAGUGCAAAGCCAGGAGUAACCCCUGAGCAUCGCUGGGUGUGACCCAAAAAGCAAAAAAAAAAAAAGAGUAUUAUACAAGAGAGUGAUGAAAUGGGUUUUUAUUUGUUUCUUUGCUCUGUAAUACCUCACAAUUUUGCUCUCAAUUUUUUUUCCAGUUUUGACCCUAUGAAAUAUCCAGUGUCUGGCACAUGCUGUCGUUAAUGUUUCACGAUGUGUGAGUGUGUGGGAAGGAGGGAUCCCGGGAGCACAUACAUGCAGAGCGUACACACUGCACUACAUCCCAUACCAUGACCACUUUCUUCUUUACUCUUGCAGAUGUGCUUAAUAGUCUCAAAAAUGAACAUAAAAAAGCCAUAGAUGGAUUAUGUCUUCGGAAACUUUCAGAAUGAUUGGUUGGUUUUGCUUGCUGCUCUUAUUUUUAGUAUUGGUAGUACAUGCUUUUCAAUAUAAGAGUAACCAUCAUAUUUCUUUGUAUCUUCCCAGCACAGCUGAAAAUUUUGCAACUUCUUAGAUGAUACGUAAUAAAUUAUAGUACAUAGUACGAUGCUUGCAGACCUAACACUAGUAUAUAUAUUGUGCCUAUUACAGCCUUUGGAAUACAUAAUUUCCUUUUUUAAAAAUAUCUUCGAUACCAUGUAGUUCAAAUUACUAAUGCUCAUGCACUGAGGUUUUGCUAUAAAAGUUUUAUCCAUAUGAAUAGUGUUGUGGCUUUUAGUAACUAUCUUUUCGACUAUAAUCUUAUUCUGAAAUAAAAUAAAAUUCUAAAUUGUU